UGAAAAUAAAUAAAUUAAAUCAAGAAAUGUUUUUUGCUGUGGCUGUCCUACCUGAUGACAGAGGCUUGUGUUGCUUUCGAAACGUCGUGAUGAAAUUUUGUUUUAAUUUUUUUUAUAUUUUAGAAUUUUUCACCUACGUGACUUUACCGAAAAAACCAAGAGCAUGGAUCCCCGCAGUCACGAAAACUUCAAAUCUAAAACUUUUAUGGUUGACAUUGGGCGCGAUAGUCUACGUGUCAAACUGCAUGUUUUAAACAAGGCUAACAACACUCCGUUAACUAAACUACUUUUUGCUAAUUGUUUUUUACCCUUUUAUCUGGCAACAAAACUGACACCUUUUUUACAAGGAGUCAUGUUUGCAUAGACCACAAUAUCUGCAGUCAUAAUGCAAACAACAAACAUAACUGAUAAUGUAUGCACUGUCCUUGAAGUUGAUUGGUCCACACCCGAGACAGCUUUCCUUAGAGCCUAGUCUCACAUGUGACAUCUGGUGUGAAUUCUUGAUGAUGACGACGAUGACGAUAACAAUGAGGACGACGAUGACGACGAUGAGGAUGAUGACGAUGAUGACGACAAUGACGACGAUGACGACGACGAUGACGUCAUCAUCAUCGUCGUCGACGAUAACGACGACGAUGAUGACGAUGACCAUGACGACGAUGACGUCAUCAUCAUCAUCCUCGCCAACGAUGACGAUAACGAUGACGAUGACCAUGACGAUAACGAUGACGAUGACCAUGACGAUAACGAUAACGACGACGACGAUGACCAUGACGAUAACCGUCAUGGUCAUGGUCAUCGUCACGAUGACCAUGACGAUGACCAUGACGAUGACCAUGACGAUAACGACGAUGAUAACGACGAUGAAGACGAUGAUAAUCUCCCAACGCGUUGCACGAGUCGAGUCCCAAGCUGCUGCACUUUCCUCGCCCCGUCCCUAUUGCAGGACCGAGUCAUGAGCCGGUGAGGCUGUCGCCAUGGAGACGGACGACAUCACCUUCGUGACGGAGGAGGUGGAGAGCGGUUACCACGGUUACGCGGAGACCCCCGGCGGCGUGGAUGUGGGGGGCGCCCCCCCCGCCGGGGCCUCCCCCUCCCCGGGGGCCGGGGGGGAGGGGGAGGGGGGGGAGGAGGUCCACAGGAAACGGCGACCUCGGGGCCACGGCGACCCCGACAGGAAGGGAAAGAGACCCCGGCCGGCGUACCUGCAUUACUACACGGAGGCUCACGCUCGAGUCCGCCGCCUGCACCCGGAGCUGCCGCGCUCGGAGAUCAACCGGCGCGUGAGCGAGGGCUGGCGCCGGCUGGCGGUGGGGGAGCGCGACGUGUACCUGCAGCGCGCGCACGCCGAGAGGGCGCGUGCCUCCACGCCCGCCACCGCGGGGGGGGCCCUGUCCGUGUCCGCGGCCCCCUCCCCCGAGCCCCCCACAUCCUCGCCCCUCCCUGGCUUCCGCCGCAUCCUCCCGCGAUCCGUCUACCUCGUCAUCCCGGCGGCGGCGGGAGGGGGGGGCAAGGGGGGUUGGCGCGGGGGCCCCGGGGACAGCGGGAGGGGCGGUGCGGUGGCCGGGGGUCAGGUGCCCGCGUGGGAGGAGGCGGCGGUCGGAGCCGUGGUGGAGGCCGACGCUGCUACCCAGAGUGCCGUGCAGAGCGUCCUGGUGUCACCGCCGGGGAGCGGCUCGGAGAGGGGCCUCGGCACCACCCCAUCCUCCACCGCGGAGGGGGGGGGCCCCCCACGCCGGCCGGAGCGGGGUCUGGAGGUGGUCGUCAUGGAGACGCUGCCCCCACCGCCCCCUCCCCACGAGGGGGGCGGCACGGAGGGGGCCGUCGCCCCCGUCCACGUGCCGGGGUUUGCCGGCACGCACAGCGCACCGCCGGUGGAGGAGUCCAGGGCCCAGUUCAUCCUGGUGCCCAUGAGCAGCGCCGCUCAGGACGGCCACACGCCCGCCAAGGCCACGGGGAAGUCGACGUACACGCGGCGAGGCCGUGGAAGCUGCCCCGGCGCGGGCUGCUGCUUCGGCUACGUCACGCGGCACAAGCCGCCCGUGUGCCCGCACUGCGGCACGUGGCUCGGGGGCAAGUGGGUGCCGAGGGCCGGCGCCCGCAGGGUCCCCGCGGCCGCGGCGGCGGCGGCCGCCCCCCCCGGCGGCGGCGGGGGAGGAGGCGGCAAGGGCGGAGCGGAGCUUGCGGUCGCGAAGCGCCUGUGUUUAGGAAGCCUGCCCGUGACCGCCGUGUUUGACGUCUCCAUGCAGCUGCACGGAGCCGAGGCUUCCUCGGGGGGCGGCGAAACCGGACCCCCGACCCCCGCCGGUUCGGCAGAACACAACCAGGCCGCCGCCGCUGCCGCCGGGCUGAUGGUCGCCACGGUGACGGGAGCCGAGGGAGCGGCGCUGCACCAGGGGCCUCCGGCGUCGCCGCCGCCCGACGGGAUGAGUAACGGCAAAGACCCGGGCGCCCCCACCUCUCGCCCCCCGAUCCUCCCGGCCGCAGUGCACGCUGGGAAGGGUUCAGCCGAGGUCGCGCGGGUGCCGCCCGUUCUUCCGCCGGGGCCGAGGGUCAGCCCGGCCGGCGGCGGCCGCGUGGCGUUGAGGCCGAUCGCCAAGGAGCCCUCGGCCAGAAAUCACCGCAGGCACUUCUCCGCGUCGUCGCCCAGGCCAGUACAGCUCAUCGCAGGAACACCACCAGUCCGUGGAAUGUUUGACAACUUCGCAAUACAGCUCCCGCUGGGGGCCUCCGUCCCCGGGCCGACCGUGGCCCUGCAGCCGGCGCCGCCGCCCCCGGCCGCCCCCCCGGCGGGACCCCUCUGCGCCCCGUCGGGGCCCGUCCAGCGGGUGUCUCCGCGGCCCCUCCGAGCCAUCCUGCCCGCCGUGGCCACCUCGGUGCCCGCCGCCACGGCCGCCCCCGUGCCCGCCGCCACGCCCGGUCCCGCCGCCACUUCCUCCUCCUCCACCUCGUCCGCCCCGUCCACCGCCCCGUCCGCCGCCGGAGUCACCUUCGUCCAGUUCAUCGCCGUCCCCGGCCCCCGCUGCUCCGCCGAGGGGGGGGUUCUGGUGGGGGGCGGCGGGGGUGGGGGGGGUGGGGGGGGCCGCCCGGGAGAGACGCCCCCCACGGCGGGGGCGGGGGGCUCCGCCCCCCUCGCGGCCACCCUGCUCUCCCUGCCCCAGCAGCAGCAGCAGCAUCAGGUCGCCGCUGCGUUGGCAGCUCAGCCGACCCCACCGCAGGCGGGGCUCAAAGCCAGCACCCUGAAGCAGCUGGGGCAGGCGGGGACUGGUGGGGAGGGCGCGCAGGUGGAGGAGGGCGACUUUGGCAGCCUCGUCCAAGCGCACCAUCGCUUGCAUCACCCCUUCCAGGAACUGGGCCUGGCCACCUCGCGGGGCAAGGGUCGCUGCAAGAGUCCCGGCUGCGGCUUCGUCUACAUGAACCGCCACAAGCCACUCGCCUGCCCCAAGUGCGGCGCCGCCCUGCGCUCGCAGUCUCGACGGGCCCUCCGCUCGCAGGCCCAGCCCUGCUACGACGAGGUGCUGGAGGCCGUUGCCCGCGCCGACGAGGUGGCCCUGGCCGACGACGCGGAGCCCACGGGCGACGAGGAGGACCGCGGGGACGCGGUCGCCGUGACGAUGAUGAUGACCUCCGAGGGGGCGGGGGAGGAGGGACCGCCGGAAGCGGGGGAGGCGGCCGCGGCGGCCGCGGGGCCCGGCGCGCGACCCCUGGCCGACCCCGGCCGCCCCCUCACAGCGCAGCAGUGCGAGGCGCAGCGCCGCAGCACCGUCGUGCUGCUGCGGCGCUCGCUGCACAUCCCCGAGUCGGAGGCGGAGCUGGCGCCCGCUCUGGCACGCGUGGCGCUCAGAGACGCAGCGACCUCCCGGGCCGAGGCCGCCUCGUGCGCGGUGGUGGAGGGGGCGAAAGAGGCGGGUGAGGAGGAGGAGGAGGAGGGGGGGGGCCUGGUUCGCCACCGUGCCCGUGGGGAGGGGCCGGGCUGGGCCCGCGGCUACGGCCCCUCCGCUCACCUGUGCCAGCUGUGUGGCACCUGGCUCGCCAGCGUGGACAGGGCCACGCUGGGUCUGGACGAGGACUGCUGGCUGCUGUCGUCCCGCCACUUCCUGCGUGUGACCGCCGCGGUGAAGAUGUGCCUCGAGCCGUCCUGCCUCGCUCUGCACGGCUUCUGUGACAUCAACUCUGGGCUGUUUAACGUGGGCAACCGGCUGCUCGUGACCCUUGACCUCUUGCUGCACAUGCGCCAGCGCGUGCGUGACGGAGACAACCCCAGCGACACAGCCCAGGAGAUCGUGGACGCCGCCGGCGGCGGGUCGGGCCGCGUGGGGCCCCCGGGGGCCGAGCGCCCCCCCCCCGCGGCGCUGUGCGAGCUGCUGGCCUGCGGCUACUGGGCCUUCGAGAGCCUCACGGCGCGCGACUACAACGACAUGAUCUGCGGCGUGUGCGGCGUCGCCCCGCGCCUCGAGCUGGCGCAGCGCGGGGCCCACGGCCUCCUGGACCUCGACAAGCUGGAGGUGGUGUGGCCCAGCGAGGAGGGGGAGCCCAACGAGGUGGGCGGCGAGGAGGUGAGUGCCGACGACUUCUGGUCGCUCGUGGAGACGGAGGCCCUGGAGGCCGCCGCCUUCCCCGGCGCCGUGGCCCUGCGGCUGGAGGCCGCGGCCGUCGCGCCGUUCAUCCCUCCGCUCAUGCGCGGGGCGCUCACCAUCAACACAGAGAGGGACAAGGUGGAGCGGGGCCCCGUCAGCGGCUGUGCGGAGUCGCUGAUGCGCCUGGUGCUGGCCGGGGAGCUGGACGUCGCCGCCCUCCACAGCAGCAGCCCACGCGAGCAGCUGGAGGACGCCUGCCAGCGCUGCGGCCUGCCCUGCAGCGCCGCACUCUCGCGGGAGGAGCUGUGCGUGUCGCUCGUAUGUCUCUACGCCUCGGUUCUGGACGGCGGUCGCCCUCCCGGCUCCGAGACGCUGGCGCGGCCGUCGCACACGGGCGGCAAGAUCUACAAGAUGUGUCCUCACCAGGUGAUCAGCGCAUCCAAGUACCUGCUGCGUGCGGAGCGAGCCCGCGACCACGUGGACCUCCUCGCGUCGUGCCUGCACUGGCCGCCCGUCUACGUGAGCGACCUGGCGCGCGACGUCGCCCUCAACGUCGAGGCGCGCUACCCGGCCCUGGCCGCCCAGCUCUGGGGGCUCACGCAGGGCUGCUUCAGCGACCCCUUCGCUCCCCCGCAGCUGGUCUCGUGCCCCGAGCUCCAGGAGCAGUGCCUCGCCGAAGAUGACCCCUCGCCAGAGGGCAGCCUGGUGCAUCCGGUCACCCGCUCCACUCGCCGCUGGGUGGCGCAGGCUCCUCCGCCGACCGCAACAACAACCGCCGGCGACGGCGGGGACGACGCCGGCGACGCCGACGCCUGCACCGGCGGCGGGCACCAGCCGCACCGCUCGCUGUCGGCGUGCCGGGAGCUGCAGCCGUACGCCGCGGCGCUGAGCGGCCCGGACGUGUCCCCCGCCGCCCGUCGCCGCUCGCGGGCGGCGCGCUUCUCGUCGGCGGCGCACUACUUCCUCUUCGGCCGCCUCUGCGACUUCCUGACGAGCCGCGAGGUGGUGGCCCACCAGAUCGGCGCGCUGCUCGCCGCCUGCCAGCCGGGACAGGUGCUCAUCCGGGACUCGCUCUACCGCCUCGGCGUGGCGCAGCUGGAGGGGGACGUCGAUGAAGGGGCGGAGGAGGAGGAGGCGGAGGAGGCGGAGGGAGAGGACGUCACGGGAGGAGACGGAGCGGCCGGGGACGAUCCGGAGGGAGCGGGCGCGAGGGACCAGGGCGGCGGCGACGACGGAGAGGCGGCCACGGACGGGCACGGGGAGGCAGCGGCGUCGCCGGAGGGCACCGCCGGGGAAGUCGUCGCCGCCACCGGCGACGGUGGUGGGGGGGGGGCGGGGUGAGAGUGGAGUCGGUGGACGCCGGGAGGACUGAGCACGGGGAGGGACGAGAGUGGAGGGGUGCCGAGCGAGGGCACAUAGAGGGGGCACGUGGCGAUGCGGGACACGUGGCGAUGCGGGACACGUGCCGAUGCGGGACACGUGGCGCGGGACACUGUACACGUGACACGUGACACGGCUGACGCACGCAACGGCAGCAAAUUGUCUGGAAUCACCGCCGGGGGGUGGGGGAGCCGACCGUAGUCCGUGCCGCCGAGAGCCGACGGCUGCCACGCGUGCACCGUGGCUGGCGCGUGUGUGUGCAGCAGCAGGAGAAGAAGCCGGCUUGUGUGUGUGUGUGGAGCGGGAGUAGUCGGCCUUGUGCAGCAGCCAAUAAAUGGCAGGGCGGCCCCCCCCCGUGCUCCACCCGCAUCUCGUUUGGUUCCUACCCCCCCCAAUCCAACCCCCCGUCGCGCUCCUCUGUGUCCCCCGUUCGCCUCUCUCCGCCGUGCCCCCAACUUUAGUUUGUUCCUAUCGCCCCCCCCCUUACCCCCUCCGCCCCCUACCCCCCGCCCCUACCCCCCCUCGCCCCCUCCUUCUUUCUCCGAGGCUCUUGGUGGGGGUGUAGCGGCGCUGCCUUGCGCCGCCAGCGCCCUCGGGGUCCACGACCAGCGGGAGCAAGCGGCCACCACCGGGCCCGACACGUGGUGAUAGCCUAACCAGCCCAGCCAGCCACUCACUCACCCACUCACCCAGCCGCCCAGCCACCCAGCCACCAACCCACUCACCCACUCACCCACUCACCCAGCCGCCCAGCCACCCAGCCACCCACUCACUCACUCACCCAGCC